AUGGUGCUCCCAUCCAACCUGAAGGAAUUAUAUAUCGAGUGGUUACAGGAAUUAGUUGAUGGUUUGAGCCCUAAACAAGAACAGCUUAAAAUUGCUUAUGAAAAAGCGAAGAGGAAUCUACAAAAUGCUGAAGGUUCAUUCUAUUAUCCCAUAGAUUUGAAAAGAGUAAAUGGAAUUGGCAAUACAAUAAUAAAGAGGUUAGAUGCGAAGUUGUGUGACUAUUGUAAAUUGCAUGGGAUCCCUCCUAUCGAGGCACCUUCUUCAACCCAAACAACUAGCGUUAGGCCAUCAAAGAGGACCACAACAGGUUUGCGCAGUAUAGUAAACUCGAGUAAAAAUGACAAGAAUGAAACUUCUGAAGAGAGCGGAACUAAGAAGAGAAAAAUUAGGAAGUACAUACCCAAAAAGAGGUCUGGGGGUUACGCGAUCCUCCUUUCCAUGCUCGAGCUGAAUGCUAUUUCUCGAGGCGUUAGUAAAGAGCAAAUUAUCGAACUUGCAGGAAAAUAUAGUGAACACUGUAUGACUCCAAAUUUCUCCACAAAGGAGUUUUAUGGUGCUUGGUCAUCUAUUAGUGCACUUAAAAAACAUUCUUUGGUUCUUGAGGAAGGUAGGCCCAAGAAAUACUCACUAACCGAAGAAGGUAUACAAUUAACGAAGAACCUAAAACUAGCAGACGGAAUUUUAUUUCCCGAAGAAAGUGAUGGACCUAAUGCGUACUUUGCAAGUAGAAAUGACAGUAGCGAAUUGACGGCAAAUUUGACCGACCUUCGUGGUGAAUAUGAUAAAGAAGAAGAUAUCUGUGAUUUAAAUGAUACUUCCUUCAUGUUGGAUAUAACUUUCCGAGAUUUAAGCACUCCACAAAGGCUGCAGGAUAGUUCAUUCAGAAACGAAGGAUUUCACGCCCAAACGAACAUGUCCUCCCAUAAGCUAAAAGAGGCCUCAGAUAAUCAACAAAUAUCUAAUACUGCAUCAAAUUCUAAAAACAAAACUUCUAGAAGAAGAUACAAUGGAAUAAGUUAUGAAUUGUGGCGUAACGGUGAUUUCGAAAUUUUCCCAAUUAUUGAUCAUAGGGAAAUUAAGUCACAAUCUGAUCGUGAAUUUUUUUCAAGAGCAUUUGAAAGGAAGGGCAUGAAGUCAGAAAUAAGGCAACUCGCUUUAGGCGAUAUUAUAUGGGUUGCAAAGAAUAAAAAUACAGGAAUGCAGUGUGUGCUUAACACGAUAGUUGAAAGAAAAAGAUUGGAUGAUUUAGCUUUAAGCAUAAGAGAUAACAGAUUCAUGGAACAAAAGAAUAGGUUGGAGAAAUCUGGUUGCGAUUACAAGUAUUAUCUUAUUGAAGAGACUAUGAGUGGCAACAUUGGAAAUAUGAACGAGGCACUAAAGACUGCACUUUGGCUCAUUUUGAUAUACUACAAAUUCUCAAUGGUAAGAACAUGUAAUUCGGAUGAGACAGUAGAAAAGAUACACGCUUUGCAUACUGUAGUUUCUCAACAUUAUUCCGAAAAAGAUAUCCUAGUUAUAUUUCCAAAUGAUCUCAAGAACCAAGACGACUAUAAAAGAGUGCUUUUACAAUUUCGUCGAGAAUUUGAAAGAAAGAGUGGGAUUGAAUGUUGCCAUAAUCUCGAGUGUUUCCAAGAACUGAUGGGAAAAAGCGAUCUAAAGACGGUUGGUGAGUUGACUAUACAUGUUUUAAUGCUUGUUAAAGGUAUUUCCUUAGAAAAAGCAGUAGCUAUUCAAGAAAUAUUUCCUACUUUAAAUAAUGUUUUGAUGGCAUAUAAAACAUGCUCUUCGGAAGAAGAGGCAAAACUGUUGAUGUUUAACAUCCUGGGAGAUGCACCUGGCGCGAAAAAAAUCACCAAAGGUCUUUCAGAAAAGAUAUAUGAUACUUUCGGUAAAUUGUAG